ACUCCAAUCUGUCAUCUACCCUUCCUUCCCACCCCGCUCCGAUCGCUUCAGCCGGGGCCUAGCUCCUAUUUGUCGCCAUGCUGCAGAUGGAUGAUUCGGUGGAGGCGGAGGUGGCGGUGCUUCCCACGGACGGCAUCGCGGCCUCUGGUUUCUCAGCCGGAUGUCCCGCAGGUAGCGAGCCACCAGCCUCACAGCCUGUGGCGGGCGCCGUUAGGGGCUCGGAGAGCACGGUGCCCCCAGCACGGACCGAGACCCUGACACCGUUCAGUGUGAAGGAUCCUACUCUGCAGGCCAAGAUCAAGGACUACUUCGUGUUCAGGCCUGGGACCAUUGAACGGGCUGUUUCUGAUAUUCGAUCUAUUGCCAUGCCAACUGAAGAUGGAGGCGUGCAGAGUGUGUGGCUACUAACUGAGAUUGACCAUUGGAAUAACGAGAAGGAACGUCUGAUAUUGAUCACUGAGCGAUCUCUGCUCCUUUGUAAGUAUGACUUCAUCAACCUCAUCUGCCGACAGGUUAUUCGAAUUUCACUCAACGCGGUGGAUACCAUUUCUGUUGGAGAGUUUCUCUUUCCUCCAAAAUCUCUGAAUAAGAGGGAGGGCCAUGGGAUUCGCAUUCAGUGGGACAAGCAGGAUAGACCUUCCUUUAUUAACCGCUGGAAUCCAUGGUCCACUGACAUGCCAUAUGCCACCUUCACUGAACAUCCUAUGGCAAAUGCAGAUGAGAAGAUUGCAUCCCUUUGCCAGCUUGAGAAUUUUAAGACCCAAUUAAUCCAAGCUGUGAAGAAAGCUCACAAAGAGGCACCACUACCAGGCCGGGCCAAUGGAGUACUGAUCCUGGAGCGGCCCCUUCUCAUCCAGACCUAUAUUGGCCUAAUGUCCUUCAUUAACAAUGAAGCCAAGCUGGGCUAUUCAAUGUCAAGAGGGACAAUUGGCUUUUAAACCAAAAGGUUUUAAGCUUUGCUGUGCCACGUUGGUAGGGUCUUCCUCUACCUUUAUGGUAUUUUACAUUGCCUUUUCUGCACCUUUGAAUUUCUAUUAAUCUAAACUUCAGUCAGGAACUGGGCAGUUUGGGUGCAUUUUAUCAUGGAGUUGGAUAUAUCAGGCAAGGUUGCAUUCUAUCCUGAGAGCACAUUAUAUACACUGCAGCAUGUGGUACAGUGUCAUUUUUUAAAAACAAAUUGCUUCAGAAUUAUUCAUUAUUUACAAGAAAAUAUAACAUUACAAUCUGGAAAAUGAGUACUGUGUCCUGCUUGCAUUGUAAAUGUUAUUUUUGAUGGACGUGCUUCCCAUGCCUCAGCAUUUCUGCUUUUGAAACCGCAUAGAAACAGGGCAUGUUGGAGGAGUGGUAUCCUGUUAUUUCCACUGGGAGAAAAUUAAAAUCUAUCCUCUUAAAGUGAGCCAUUGAACUAACUACUUUUCACCUUCAAAUAUAGUAGAGACAGUUUCUUUUUGAGAAAUGAUGGAAUCCUGGAUUCACAUUCAAUGUAGAUAAUAGGAGUAUCUUUUCUGAUAGUUGUCCUAGUAACGGGAUUCUCAGUUAAGCCGCUAUAAAAUUGGGAGUUGAAAGUAAACUGACUUUAGUUGCUACUCCCAGGGGCAUGCAGACAGCUACUGUAUGCAAUUACCAAUGGUUACAGGUUUGGAAUGACAGCCAGGUAUGAUGCUACUAUAGCACCUUUACAGAUUACUGCCAUUAAUGCAGUCUAAUAACUCUUAUGGAGUUGCAAAUAACUUUGUUGAAUAAAAAUGGCUGUGAUGCUAUAAUGAAAACCCAGGAUGGGUGGUACAGGCAAAAUUGUCAACCUAAAAGUAACAGCCACAGAUCUUUAAGCUGGAAUUUUACAUACAAUCAGCACAAUCCCAGUUUACAGCAAUUUGACCUCUUAUUUUCCUGGUGCCUUCUGCUGAAUAACAAUUUCCAGAUGUAUUGAGACAGAAUUCUCAAAGUUAAUUUUAUAAUUAAUCUUCCAUCUCCAUAUACCUUACACUUGAGGAAGUGUAUUUGUUAUUUGAAAGUAAACUAUGGAAUAUAAAACAUGAGGCAAAAUAUUUGCAGCCUCUUGACUGACCUCUAUGAAGUUAGCUGGCGUUUAUUCAUCAACAAUUGGAAUUUGUAAUUUAAAAUUAUUUUAUGCAAUAAGGUGUUCUGUCCUUGAUCACUUUUUAAAUUGGAAACAGCAUGAUUGUUGAAAAUAAGUGGAAACUGUAAACAAAUAUGGCUGCCAUUGCAAAUGGCUAAAACUUCAAUUGAAACAUCUUGCUUAGUUUGUCAAGCAUGUAUUGACUAGUUUAUUUGUACUUUUUAGUUGUGUAUAUAAUUGAAUGUCUUUGCUCUGUGUAUUUAUUCAAAUUGACAACGUGUGGUACUUUUAAUAAGUCUGUGCAAAUACUGAAAACACUUCUAAAUUCAGUUAAGAUUCUUUCAAAACUUUGGGUUGUGAACAUUCCAUUCUUUUGAGAUACGAACGAAAGUUCAGUUGAUUGAAACCACCAGCUGACCACAAUUAAACAGGAGUACUGGAAUUAGUUAUUUACCAACAAUUUUAAUUUGCAACAGUGCUCCAUUCUCGAGGUAAAAUAACUACACAACAAUCAUGAGUCUGUAUCUUGAUUGUAAUCCAGAAAUGUGUAAUGCAUUAUCAGGAAGCUGGUUCCAUUUCAUAACAGGUUGUUUGAACUGUAUGAUUAAAGCAUUAUCAUGUGUUGGAGUUUCUUACUCAUUUUAAAUGCUGACUGAUGGUAAUAAGUCAAGGUGUGGUGAUGUAGCUGUAGUGGUUCUGAACUACCACCUUGAGAUGCCAAAAGUUCCAUUUCCACUAUAAGUCAUGAAUUUAAAUUCAAAAGUCUGAUACAAGUCAUAAGUGACCACAAAACCUAUUAGGAUUUAAAAAUUUGACUGGGAUCGGAUAACAGGACAGCCAUCUCCAAUCUGACCUCUGGUCCUGGACUGUCUGGCUAGUAGAUUUGUUCCAAAAUGACUUCAAGUCAAUUACCGGUAAAGUUUGUUACUUUACUAAAAGUAUCUUCCCUUCAAAAAAGGUAACCCAUUGAAAGGUUAAGAGAAUAUGUCCUUUAACUUUACUGGGAUACAUCCUGCUCCUGCCAAAUGACUUCAAAAUGAGCAGCAGGGGUUUAAAGCAUAUUUGUGCAGGACAGAGAGAAACCUCCAUCUCGCUCUCCAAUAAGAAUUCAAAAGAUUUUAAUCCUGAAGUCCACAAAGAUGAUGGAAAUAAGCACAGGUAGCUCUGGUGUCAGUAUUUGAUAAUCCUUUGGUACACAGCCUUGUUUUUAAAUGUUACAUGAAACAUGCUUAGCAAAUCCAGAAACUGGGGAUGAAUGAGAAAAAAUGCUUAGACUAUGUUAAAAUGUAGUGAUAAGUGUAAUCCAUUGUUUUGCAGGCAUUUUUCUGUUCGUUGUUUAAAGCCAUUACAAAUGCUAAUAAAAAUGUUUAAGUAGGCAAA